AUGUUUCCUAGGAAAGCUGACAGCUUGAUGGGAAAUGGCAGUGGCCACCAUGGAAAAAUGGUGGGGGAAGUGCUUGUGCAAUCGAAGUGCGGGCCGCAGAUAGGCCGCAAGCAAUUUGAAGAUGGAGAAGCAGAGGAUGCAAUAGAGCCGAAGAAGCUUGAUCCCUCCCAUAUUCGCAAGGUAGGAUAUUUUGGAGUAGUUGAUAAGCACGACGGGGGAUUCGGCCGAAGAAAGUUGUUCAAGAUUGUGCCCUAUAGCAUGAACCAAGGUUCUAGGGAUGAAGAUUUGAGGGGUCGACGAGGUAGAUGCGGCAAGAGAUGGAGUACUAAAAUGGAAAUCUGUAAGGAAUGA